CUGAAUUAGGCUUUUGACCACAUGGAAAUUACAAGUGUACAGCACAUCAGCUGUGAGCAAAUUAGUAAAGAGUGGAAAUAAUUACUACUAAAUAGAAAACCAGUCCAACAUCAACAACAGCAAAUUUCAAAAAUGACAGAAGAAAGUGAAACAGAAUCUGGAGCUUACUUUUCCAAUUUGGAUUUCUUCAUUCUCUCGCUCAUGGCAGGGAUGGCAGUCUACUGGUUUUUCUUCAAAAAUAAACAGAAAGAACAACCAACGUUUAAAAAGCUGACUGUUGCGCCAUUAGCGCGAAGUUCCUCAUACGAUCCCAGCUUUAUCAAUAAAAUGAAGAAUUCUGGAAGGAAUGUAGUGGUGUUCUAUGGUUCCCAGACAGGGACAGCUGAGGAGUUUGCAGGUCGUCUAGCCAAGGACUGUGCUGGUUAUGGUAUGAAAGGCAUGGUAGCAGAUCCCGAGGAAUGUGAAAUG